CCUUGAAGAUUCUGUCGUUGGUUCGGCGGGGACAUGGCCGAGGAGCUUCGACGCAGCAUGACCACAGGUGAGGAGCGAAUGCAAGUACCACUGGAAGAAUGGGACGGCGUUAUGGCGGCAUCGAAGUCCAAGGCGUACACGUCCACGGUAACGUCGACUGAUAACGACGGCAGUGCAUGGCUCUUUCGAAUCGCUAAUGUCGAUGAACCCGUAGUACCCGUUGACACCGUGCAUGCUCACGCCGUACAACACCCCUCAUUGCAAUCUGAAUUCCCUCAAGCAACGUCUGCAUCAAAGUCAGGUGAAUGGAGUGCCAUCGCCUUCUCAAACACAGGCGUCCGCCACUGAUCCAUCGCAUCCCCCUCCGUCGUCGUUGCCGUCGAAAUGGACCACACUGCCACCACCGAGUCCCCUCGUCCGUCUCGCGCUUCUCAGUGUCGCGACUUGCAUUGGCGCCCCUGUCGUAUUGGUGCUCGCGUUGUGCAGCCCUGUCCUCGUGGUGUUUUCGGUGGUCACGGCGCCUGCAUGGGUACCGCUUUCUGCCUUCCUCUGGUGGAACUCAUCUCCACGGUCGAACCCGCCUCGACCAUCAUCUCCUUCAUCCCCGUCGCAAUAAUUCGGUCAUCGUAGUUUAUUUAAUCAAUCUCCGUCAUCGUGUUCUCAUCCGCAA